UGUGGCAUUCAUGCCAGUAAAGGCAGAUGUUGCAACUCUUAUUGUAGCCCUUUGAGAAAGUGCAGUUGUACAGUAUUUUCCAUAGACAAACAGAGCUUUGACAGAGACAAAGAGGCUGCUGCAGCUCACCCAUCCUACAGUAUAGUGUUCUCCAGUCUAUAGAGUGAACUGUGCUGACACGACAAAGCUUUGUUUCACAUUUGCAAAGCCCUGAUCCCAGCAGGGUCUAUAAAGAGGUCUGGUACAACCCGGCAUCUGAUCUGGUCUGAACUUAACACAGUUACAAUGGGCAAGAUUAUCUUCUACGAAGACAGGAACUUCCAGGGUCGUCACUAUGAGUGCAGUAGUGACUAUCCUGAGAUGCAAAACCACUUAAGCCGCUGUAACUCGAUAAGAGUGGAGAGCGGUUGUUGGGUGGCUUACGAGAAGCCCAAUUAUGGCGGCUACCAGUACAUGCUGCACAAGGGCGAAUACCCGGACUACCAACGCUGGGCAGGCUUCAAUGACUGUAUCCGCUCCUGCCGUAUGGUGCCACCUUAUAAUGGGAACUACAGGAUGAAGAUCUUUGAGCGGUCUGACUUUGGGGGCCAGAAUCUGGAGCUAAUGGAAGACUGCCCAGAUCUAAAUGAGCGUUUCCACACCCGUGACAUCUCCUCUGUCAAUGUCAUAGAGGGCUACUGGAUGUUGCAUGAACACCCCAAUUACAGGGGACGCCAGUACUUCUUGCGUCCUGGAGAGUACAGAAGGCACAGCGAGUGGGGAAGCAUCAGCCCCACUAUCGGCUCUCUGAGACGUGUCACUGAGAUCAACUGACUCCCAGCUUUUUUACCCUUAUUGAGCCCCACUGUUAAGCUUUCCACCCUCUUGUUCCCCUAAUGCCAGCACUGUUUCAGUGUGGUCUCAACACUGUGGUGUCCAAACCUGAAAUCAUACAUUUUAAUGAUGGGGUAUUUGGUGCGUCUGUCGUUGGGUUCUGGUUUUGUUGGGUUGCUUUGCAUCGUUGGGUAAAGUUCCUCCCCAACUCAGUGCUCAAGCAAUGCUCACAAUAAAUAGUGAUGAUCUUUUUUGCUUUGGUCGUCCAAUAGCAAAAUGGUUUGCCUCGCCGGUCCCCAACCUCCUGUCCUACUGGAAUCACAAUAAACGAAAACUUGAUGAAAGUCAA